CCGGACUCGCGAGUUCGCCUCUAUCUGGAUCGGAUUACCUGGCCAAAAAAGGAGUCAUCACGUGAAUUUACUAUUUUCCAAUGAAUUUGAAACACAGGCUACACAGAGUUCUGUCAUUCAGAUUCAUCAAUUCAUCAAUUAAACACUUUUCUCUGCAAUCAACAAGACAAUACAAAAUGUCUACAAGGCGAUCAGCUCGUUUAAGUGCAGCUUCUAUUAUCACCGAGAAACUAUCUGCAAAUACGUCUGCUUCUCCUGUGGCAGAAACCACCAAGGCUAUCGUCGGAAAUGGCCCAACAGGAUCUAAGGUGAAAGCCAGCAGGAAGAGAAAGGCUGUAUCUUCAGAGAUACCAGACUCUUCACUACCUCCCGUAAUAUCAAGCCCCCCGAAAACCGAGGCUAUGUCUCCUGAAGAACCCGAACCUUCUCUGCCUCCCAUGAAAUCAAAUUCCAAAAAGAGGAAAAUUGCUUCGAAUGAAUCGUCCGACUCCCUAUCCACCAAAAAUGCACCUACAUCAACUCCAAAGAAAAAGAAGACCUCUCCAAUUCUUCCACCUCCAGUGACUCCAACUCCGGCAGCUAUUGGGUCAAUGUCUAGUCCUUAUAAAGACAUUGAUGACAGUAUGCCUCCACCUUCUGUUCCUGUUGAUCGUCUUGCAGUUCUUAAUGGAACAAAUGCUCCUUUGGUAACACCUGAAACUCAUCGACUCCUUGCCAAUAAAUCUAUGGACGAAGUAUCUCCAUCGAAAUCACCUGCAGUAAAAGUAUCAACCUCCGAUGUUUUGAAAAAAGCUGUAGAGCACUUGAUCAAAAUUGAGCCCAAGUUGAAACCAAUCAUUGAGAAACAUCCAUGUAAGAUGUUCUCCACUGAGGGGCUAGCUGAAGAGAUUGAACCGUUCAGGGCGUUAGUCAGUGGGAUUAUAUCGCAACAGGUCUCCGGUGCAGCAGCCAAAUCUAUCAAGGCUAAAUUUGUAGCUCUUUUCAACCUCCCUGAUUCAGAUCCAUCUACUCAUAAAUUUCCUACCCCUUCCGCUAUUGUAGCUACUGACAUAGCUAAUCUCCGCACCGCCGGUCUCUCUCAACGAAAAGCAGAAUACAUCUCCGGCCUCGCCCUCAAAUUCACAAAUGGCGAUUUAACUACCCCCUUCCUUCUUACCGCCCCCUACGAAGAAGUUUUCGAUUCCCUAAUCCAAGUACGCGGUCUCGGUAAAUGGAGCGUCGAAAUGUUUGCAUGUUUUGCUCUCAAACGUCUCGAUGUUUUCAGUACCGGAGAUCUAGGAGUGCAAAGGGGAAUGGCUGCGCUCGUUGGAAGGGAUGUUGAGAAAUUGAAAAAGGCAGGAAAGGGUGCAAAAGGGGGUGGGAAAUGGAAGUAUAUGUCGGAGAAGGAAAUGGAAGAAAUGGCUGAGAAGUUUAGUCCAUAUAGGACUAUCUUCAUGUGGUACAUGUGGCGAGUAGAAGAUACCGAUAUUGCCACCCUUGAGGAAUAUUCUUAAUCCUAGAAGGUUGUGCAUGUAUACAACUGCACAUUGCAGCAUACACUACUGGGUAUUGUCCAGAGAAGAGGGAAGAGAUAACAAAACUACCUGAUAUGAAUAGGAAGAUUAGUAAAUGGAGUUUUUAUGGAAAUUCAGCUCACUGUUAUGGAAAUUUGACAAUAAGACACAGGAUGCGAAGUCAGGACAAAUUGCAAAACGCAGCACAGCGAAAGGGAUAAUGACAUUUUACAAUUCAUACUUCAUAAUCUCUCAGCACACAUACACAAGAUUGAGACAUACUAUAUCGUAAAGAACUGUAAAUGCUUUUCUCACAAUUGUAUAGUA